GGGGAGCAGAAGUGCUGAAAGCAGCUGAACCAAUGGGAGACAGUCAAUUCAGUCAGCAGAAGUCAGAAAUGUUGAAAAACCUGUACUGACAGUCAGGACUUUAGACAUGGGGACUUACUCAGACCAGAAGGAAGGAUACCUGCAAAAUGGGCAUUCAGAAUACGGCAAGACAUCGGCCUUCAUCCCCGACAUGGAGCUCCGGGAGGAAUGGCAGGAUGAGGAGUUUCCCAGGCCCCUUCCCGAGGACACACAGAGUCCUGGCGAUGAACCUGAAAGCCCUGGAGCUGAGGGAAACAAGCCUGUCCCACCGACCAGCCUGGCCCUGACAGGUAAUACUGUGAGGAAGAAGCGACUAGUGGCACCAGCACUUAGUUUAACGCUGGACAAAACCUCUGUUGACCGGAGCAUGAAAUCAGAUGAGUUUGACGCUUCCGCCAUUUCACCAUCUGCCGAUGAUGACCUAGAGUUGGACAUUAACCUAGAGGCCUUAGAGACCCCCUCAGACAGCGAAUCUUGCAACUUCCCAGACAGCAUGCACGACUUGGAGUGGGAAGAUGAUCUUCCUAGGAUGGGUAAAGCAGCGAUCAGAAAAGCCAGUUUACUAGAGCACGCAGAGAUGGGACACUUAGACUUGGAUCAGGUGGACAGCAACGGGCGGCGAUGGAGACGAUUCCAUAUUGGGGGCCAAGAAUACCAAGUCAACAUGAGCGUUCUGGAGCCGUACCUCCAAGUUCUCUCCCACGGAGGGUAUUAUGGGGACGGCUCGAACGCCAUCAUCAUGUUUACUGCCUGCUACCUACCAGAAAAUACAAUAGAACACUAUGAGUAUGUGAUGGACAAUCUGUUCAGGUACAUUAUUGGCACGUUGGACUUGAUGGUGUCUGAGAAUUACAUAUUGGUGUAUCUGUGUGGAAUGGCCCCUCGCAAUAAGAUGCCUGGCAUUAAGUGGCUCCGACAGUGUUACAUGUCCAUUGAUAGAAGGUUAAGGAAAGACUUGAAAGGGCUUUUCGUGGUUCACCCGGCCUGGUACGUGAGAGCGGUAAUUACCGUCAUCAAACCAUUCAUCAGUGAGAAAUUCAGCAGGAAGAUGCGUUUCAUCCACAGCUUGCAGGAACUGGCAGAGUUUGUUCCUGUGGACCAGCUGCAAAUCCCAGACUGCAUCAGAGAGUAUGAUGAGCAGAUGAACAGGUGAGGGUGUCUGAUGGAAAGACAGCAGAGGUGUACAUACUGUACAGACUUCACACUGGGGGAUUGGAGCUGGCUGGGGUUAAAGGUCAAGCUUUAGGUGCAAAUGCCCUAAUGACAGAAAAACUGCUUCCUACCAGACAACUCUUUGAUGAAAUACACAAAGACAGUGUUGUCCUUCAGAGAGACACAGCUGUGUCAAGCCACAAGGUGGGUAAGGAGAGAUCCGCGAACAACAUGAAAGCCUGCUUUACGUCAUUGCAUUUAAACUGUUACACAAAAACAAACAAAUGUGCAGUGUUUUCCCAGACUCUACAAAAUCAAACAACACACCCUUCAUAAAAGCUUUUAUAUUUAAGCGUGAAAAGUUAAACAUACACAACCUUACUGAAUAUUUUAAUAAAACCAUUUCCUUUUUUGACUUGUGGUGAACAUACCCAAAUUAGGGUAAAUAUUAGAUUAAAUAAGGUUGUUUCAUGGCUCUAUUUUAAUAUUUGCACUAAAUGGUUACAAAGUCUCAUUAUAAAUAUGUUAUCUGAAACCUGUAUGAACCAUCAUUCAUAUAUGGUUUAAAGUCUUCAAAAUACUGUGUUUUCAUCUAAGUGACCUGGUUUUUGUCUUUUCUGUAAAGUGGUAUUGACUGUUUUAUUGAAUUUAUUUUGAUAUGUUCUGUAAAAUACAUUGUACUUGAGCAUUUAAUCGUGAAUGUUAUCAGUGCAAAUGCAGCAAUGCUCAAACUUUUAAAUCAGAGAGCUAUUACAAUACAAAGUGUAUAAUAUUGCUGUAAGGAGUCAUGUUGUUCAGUUUAUACCUGUACAUAUUUGUUACAUAUAUAAUAGGACUUGGUUUUCUUCUGGAAUAAGGUAGGGAAAUGUUCUCUAAUAUUCAGCUGCUGCUGCCUGUAAAGUGGCCCAUUGAAUGUGCUUUCAUUUAAUAGACUCCUGUGUGCAAAUAUUUAUACAAGGCCACACUUGAACAACCUGAGCUUUCAAACUGCAUACAUAUAUACUACAUGUAUGUCUUUUCUACGAUAUUUAAGGAAAUAAAGGGUUAUAUUAAACACCUGA